CGGUGUGCUUUAAAUAGAAUGCAGCAAGACAAUUCUCCAGACCCAAGUCUAGAUUUUCUGUCUUCUCAGUUCUCUGCUGAGAAAGCUCUGGUAACCAGUCCCUCUAAGAUCCAACUCCCGUAUCCGGAAGUGCAGCCAUGUGACAACUUAGAGCAAUAUGCUUCCGUUGUCCGCGGAACUUCACGGAAACCUCCGUCUCAGUCGGCGGCGUGCUCCCGGGGGCAGCUGCAAGAACAGCCAAGGAAACAGGGCGCGAGAGCCGCAGUCCCUCUCUCCAGCAGACAGCGGCUGGUCAGGACAGUCAAGUCGGUCAUCUCCACCAUGGAAAGUCCGACCUCAGGCCCGCUGUGUCUGGUGCAGAGAUGCCGGGAGGAGAGAGUGAGAGUGAAGGUGGUGGUGAGACAUUGUGCAGGAGUAAGGGGAGAGUGUGAGGGAACCGUUCUUGCCUUCGACCAGCACCUUAACCUAGUUCUUGGAGAUGUCAGUGAAAGAUUCUCUCCUCUGAGGACAGUAGCCAAUGGAGGACUCCAGCCAAGAUCUCAGAGAAGAAGACAGCGCCACAAGACAACACCUGCUCAGGAGCCAGCCCAAGACGGCGGACAAUACAGACAUUUAGACAAACUAUUUGUCAGAGGAGAUAAUGUUGUUCUGUUGUCACCAGUUUGUCCUCUUUCGCAAACAAUUCCACCUGUCCCAUUUGAAAAAUCAUAGCACAUACACAUACACAUACAAAUACUGAAAGUGAAAAAAUAUCAGUUGAGAAUUUUAUUGCUACAAAACAACAGCUGCAUUGACAUUGUGAAUCAGCAGUGAUUACGUGUGUGGGGGGAGAAGGAGAAG